AUGGCGGCGGCAGCUGAGGGCGUCCUGGCGAGCUGGAGUGAAGAACCGGUUCGAGAUGCUGCUGCUGUGGAGACUGCCGAGGAAGCAAAGGAGCCCGCAGAGGCGGACAUCAAUGAGCUGUGCCGGGACAUGUUUUCCAAGACGGCCACUUACCUGACUGGGGAAUGGACAGCCACCAGUGAAGAUUAUAAGCUCCUGGAAAAUAUGAAUAAGCUAACCAGUUUGAAGUAACUUGAAAUAAAAGAUAUUGCUAUAAACAUCAGUAGAAACUUAAAGGACUUAAACCAGAAGUAUGCUGGACUGCAGACUUAUUUGGAUCAGAUCAGUCUGAUUGAGGAGCAGGUAGCAGCCCUGCAGCAAGCAGCCUACAAGCUGGAUGCAUAUUCAAAAACACUGGAAGCCAAGUACAAGAAGCUAAAGAAGACAGAGACCUGA